AUGGCCAUGAACAAUAUGAUGCUCGCUCAAUUGAUGAAGGAUCUUCAGGAUCCCGAAAUCAUGAGAGAAGCACAAAAGCUGAUGCAAGAUCCUGCUUUCCAACAACAAAUGAAAAAGAUGACGGCAAACCCACAAUUUAAGGAUCACAUGAAAAAGACACAAGAUGUACUGAAGGACCCCAAGAAGGUCAAGGAGAUGGAAGAAAAAAUGAAGGCUGCCGUGGAUGAAGGCAACAAGGGACUGGAAGAAAUGGAAAAGAAACGCAAGGAGAUCGGCGACGAAGACGGCGCCAAGAAGGAAGAAGCAACAGAAGAUGACGACAAAAAGCAACCAGCAAAGAAGGAAGAGGAGGAAGAUGACAUUCCCGACAUUCCAUCUUUGAAUAUCAACUAG